CUGGGACUCGUUACUCAACGGACAACCCGGAACCGUCCACCUUCACCUUCAAGAGACUUAUUACUCUCACGCUCUUCCUCAGCACGGUCACAUCGACGACUAUUUGAAGCCUCUGUUAUUUCUGCACACCAUUGGACAUCUUUCCAGUGGCCCAUCAUGCCUGUCGUCACGCGUAGCCAGGCCGCGAUAAUCCGCUCCGUGCAACUGAACUCGGCAAGCGAGGAAGAACAACCCCGGCUCCUUAGGUCCGGUCGAGCUGUGGAGAAUUCAACUCUCCCGAAGGCCCACACGAGAACACACAACCGAGCAAGCAAGUCUAACCGUCAGAGAUCUACGAGCCCAAACAAACACGACAACCAACCGCGAAGGAAGCGUGUUCGGGUUCAAGCCGACACAGAGAACCUUCAGGCGACCGCUAGCAGCUUGCAGUCGAUGGACGCAAAACGCGCCACACUGACUAAUCUUCCCUUGGAUAUAAUUUAUGAGAUUCUAGAGGAGCUCAUUCCUCUGGCCCUAACGAACCUUUCACAGACUAACAGAGCAUUCCGUACCAUCCUGCUGGUCUCCCCACAAGGUUGCCGUAUCUGGAAAAUGGUCACUGAGCCGAUCGGUAUUCCCGAAUGUCCGCCAGACGUCCCACGAGUCUUCUGGACGAGGGCGUUCAAUCCUGGUACUCGUCCCAACUGUGGCCAUUGCGGCAAAGUUGGCCACUAUUACCUCGAUUAUGCUUUGAUACGGGCAUUCUGUGAGGAAUGCAUCAAAUCGGAACUCAAAACACACCAAGAGCUUGCGCGAGAUUUUUCGGCCAUCAAAGAUGGAAUUUUAGAACUCGUUGUGCAUACAUACCACGAGGCAACAAGAGGACGGAAGAGUUACUGGAGACCCGACGUCGUUACCAUGGCGGAGACAUGCUAUAACUAUCGUAAAGACAUAAACAGCAGGAAGCGCGGUGCAAAGCAGGCAUUCGAAAAGUUCAAGAGAGAGCAAAUACAACAUGUGCGAGCAAGGACAGAGCAUGCACAGAAGUGCCGAGACUGGGAGCGCAUUCGCUGGGAGGAGCUAGAGGGGGCGCGUAAAAGACAGAAUGGAGACUUUGCGCAACGAUGUCGCGCAUUGGGAUACGAUGGUGAAGACAUUGCAGCCGUCAUGCCAUUGAUGCCUCCGCGCAGCCGCUGUCUUGAUGCGAAAACCAUUGAGUAUCUCUGGCAGUAUUGUGAUUUGAAGUCACGGAUGAUGGUGAUUUGGAAGCAUGUGCGACCUGCGAUUGAGCCAUACAUUACAGAACAGCAGAGCUACCACCUCGAAGCCGAAUACAACAACAUCAUCAUGGAGCGCACAGCCCUCGUCACCAAGGUAUACGACGACUACAAGCGGACCCUACGUCCCGUCGAGUGGCUCCGUCUUCCUCCGCCCAUCUUCCUCUUCACCACGCCGACAUUCUGGUCUCUCAUCUACGACAACCUGGACACUCAGCUUCAGAGAUCGCAGUGCGACAUAGCUGCGUUGGAGCUACCCGGCAUCAUCUCCGCAUAUCAACGCAACGUCAAGGCCACCCUGCUACGAGCUAUGGGACAACUUGAGGCCGUCAACCCAAACGGCGGAGCCUCUGCAGGUGGACUGCCGGGACAGCGGACUGAAGAAUUGGACAGCCGUGUCCUGCUGGCCAGCUCUACCUUCACCUUCAUCAUGGAUCAUGAUGUUGGUGGACUCGAAAGCUGCUGCGCCCUCGAAGACGUUCUCGCACGACUCUCUGUAUCGCCCUCGUUCUUUCUCAACCGGUAUUCCCUUUGCAAAAUGUUUUGGCUGCGACUGCAAGACCCUGAACAACAUCGUUACGCAGACCGACAGAUUAAAUGGGAUCGAAAGGGACAUCAGAUCAUUAAAGGCAUAGCGACUGCACUCGGCCUCAAACUGAUACCGCACGCCCUGAGGAGUAAUCAUCCGAGUUACGAGAGAAUGUCAUGGCGUAAAGUGGUUUACCAUUUCUUGUGCGAUUAUCAUUUAUCAAGUACUACGGUCCGCAUUGGUAUCCUCAGUGAGGAGGCUUCUGUGGCCCUUCGCAAAACAUACGAUGAAUAUGACUGGCUCGCAAGGCCUGGUCGGCACUGGAGCUGCAACCACUGCUCUGUUUAUCUCGGUCAAUUGCAGACAUGCGCGGUUAUUGCGCAACAUUUGUCCGAGGCGCACGCUAUCACUGAACCGAGAAAUUGGGUUGAUCUCUUCGUCGCUGAACCCAGGGCCUAUUAUCUGGGGAACCCGAUCUAUAUCCCGGUGGAUACUCCCCACGAAGUUAUCACCAUCGAGUGUGCCGCGGCAAUACCGUAUAUGUACUAGCGAUCCGAUUUGUAGACAUAUAUAUUUCGACCGAGUCUUCGAGUCGGUGCCGUGGUCAUGAGUAUACUUAGUUUCCUCCUGUUCUAGUCCCGUUGGUCGUUCAGGAUUCGGACACUGGUCCUCUGCUACGCAUAAGCAGGAUUAUGUACUACUCCGUCACCCGAGCGACCGUUCAGGCUCACGCCAGGCUUAGUCAGACAGUUCCGUCGUUCGUGCUCUGGUCUUGCCGCUUCUCGAACAACAAGCCUAGUUUGCACGUAUUCCACUCUUUGGCAUCCAUCAGGUACGCCCUGGGCCCGAUCCAUUCGGCGAGUAACUAGCUCUGGCAUGCCGGUGCCACCUGAGUUCGAGGAAAGACUCAAAGGUUGCAAGAAAACUUAGAGCCCGCAUCAUGUCGCGAGCACCCAGCGUAUUCGAAGAUGCCAUAUAUAUGCUCAC